CUUCAGUUAUCGUAGACAUAACUCCGCGAAAACCAUUAAAAAGUUAAUUAACAAGUUCCCUUUGAAAUACAGCAACGAUGCGCGCUCUUUUGUCCGUCAUUUUGCUGCUGUCGGCCGUCUUGUUGUGCUCGUCGCAGGCUCAGUAUCCGCGACCACGUCGUCCCGAACGAUUCGACACGGCUGAACAAAUCUCCAACUACUUGAAGGAAUUACAGGAAUAUUAUUCUGUUCAUGGUAGAGGACGGUAUGGAAAGAGACAAAUGCAUAUAGCUGAUGCUUCUGUUAUCUUCAGAGAAAUGCCAUACUUUGAAAACAACUUGAAUGACGACGCGCUGCUUAAGAACCUCGGAUACAAGUAACUGACCACGCUUCCCGCCAACGAUUAUCAAACAACGACCCAAAAGGUCAUAAUGUUAUCUCUUACUUCAUAAAUUACCAUUGAAAUGUAAAUAUUUAUUUCAAUCAUUUAAUUAGAAAAUAAUAAAUAGCCAAAGAAUAUGCCAAAUUAUAAAAUAAACUUUCGACUAUUAAUUUUCAAUUGCCUUUUGUUUUGUCUGUUUAUAAAAAAAUGUAUUUCAACGAUCUAGUCAAACGAAUGUGUAUCCGUCUAUAUUCUAGUCAAUUAACGUUCUUUUUUUCAUUAAAUCCUUUUAAUAUUUUCAGGCUGGGUGAAAAUUAUUAUUAGGAUUUUAAGCACUUGACUGUUUAAA